GAGCGCGGGUGAGGGCAGAAAACUUCUGUAAAGACCCCUACCUCUCUGGCUCCCUAGGAAACUUUACAAAAUACCCCUCCUCCCUGGUUUCCUCGUCGACGACGCCUCCUCAUCUCCGGCAAUGGCGACCGCCGGCAAGCCCGCGACCUCUGUCCUCCCUCCCACAACGCCCUACUCUUCCUCCCGCGCGCUGGAUUCAGUACACUUCUCCUCUGGUAACCCCCGCAUCGAGGAGACCCGCGGCGUCGUCGUCCUCCAUCCCGACCCGCGCGCUGCCGCUGCCUCCUCGCCAGACUUCCCGGUGGGGAGGAAGCCGCGGGUGUGCGUGCUGGCCGUGCCCAACCACAUGACCUACGCCGACUUCUGCCGCUUCUGCGGCGCCUUCGUCCCCCACACGCUCGAGAUGCGCAUUGUCAGGAUUGAUGGGGCGGAUGACCAGUACAGUGUUCUUAUAAAGUUCAACACUCAGAGGUCCGCAGAUAGCUUUUAUAAGCAUUUCAAUGGAAAGCAGUUCUCUUCGCUGGAGGGGGGUGUUUGUUAUGUCCGUUUUGUUGAAGAUGUGCACUACACUGCUUUGAUCGAGCAUGCACAUAGCUCAGUUACAAGCUCGUCUGAGCAACCUACAUGUCCAGUAUGUCUUGAACGACUUGACCAAGAUCCUGGAGGUAUUCUCACUACAAUCUGCAAUCAUUCUUUCCAUUGCUCGUGCAUAUCGAAAUGGACAGACUCUUCAUGCCCAGUCUGUAGAUAUUGUCAGCAGCAACCAGAGAAAUCCAUGUGUUCUAUUUGCGGAACUUCGGAAAAUCUUUGGAUUUGUGUAAUAUGUGGCCAUGUCGGCUGUGGAAGGUACAAAGGCGGCCAUGCUAUUGAACACUGGAAAGAAACUCAACAUUGCUAUUCACUUGAAUUAGAGACACAGAAAGUUUGGGACUAUGCUGGGGACAACUAUGUCCAUCGGCUUAUUCAGUCAAAAACAGAUGGAAAGCUAGUUGAGUACAAUUGCCAUGGUGAUCACGCAGCAGAUAGCACGUGCUCAAUAUGCAGUGGUGAUGCCGGAAUGAGUGAAGCUCUACUGAACAGUAAAGUUGAAGCUAUUGUUGAAGAGUACAAUGAUCUCCUCACAUCUCAACUUGAAAAGCAAAGAAAUUACUAUGAGUCACUUCUGCUAGAAGUCAAAGAGGAAAAUGAGAAAGAAAUUUCUGCUGCUACUGAGAAAGCUGUGAGCAUAAAAAUCCAAAAGUUACAAGCAAAGCUUGACAAGUGCAUAGAAGAGAAAAGGUUUCUUGAUGAUAUUAAUGACAACCUUGUCAAGAAUCUGGAGAUGUGGAAAGGAAAGAUACAGAAAAGAAAAGCGAGGGAGCAAGCUGCCAUUAGAUUAAAAGAUGAAAAGAUUGAAAAGCUGGAAGAUGAGCUAAGAGAUUUGAUGUCCCAUUUCGAGUGUCAAGAUGCUGUUGCACACGCUCCUGACUAGAUCUCAAGUGAUAUAGAAGGGGGCACGAUUCUUCCGUUAGCAUCUGCAUUACACUCAAGCAGCAGCAGCAGCAGCCCAGUUCAUGGCACGAGAAAGCGGAAGUGAGAUCUGCCGCUGCGCUUUUAUGAAUGAUGUUUGAAUGUUAGGGACCUAGGCAAUAAACACUCCAGCUCACAGAUUCAGAUCCAUACCACUAUUAGGGUUAACAGUGUAAUUAAGUCCUGUGCGACUCUGACGGUAUGACCUCAGCCCAAAAUUUAUCCACUGAGGGACGCAAAGGGAAAUGAAAGGUACUGGUACAGUUGUGAAGCAUUUUUUUGCGUACUAACGUGUGUGACAUGCCCGUGUAUUUUGUUCUAUUUUCUGA